GGGAGAUAAGGCCAUGUGAGGGGUCCUCUCUGAGAUUUUGCUCCAAAACCUUCCCUUCACCUGAUUUGCAGGCACUAACCCAAGAAAGGACCAACCUAAAACCAAAGAACUUCUAAGAGCUGGGUAGAGAGAGAAAGAAAGACACUUUCUCUCUCUUUCUCUCUCUGGGUCUUUCUUUCCUUUCUCUGUGUGUGGGUGAGUGUGUGAGGUACAUGCAAAAACAGUGGGUUUGAGAUAGAGAAAGAAGGAGUUGAAGACUGUUUUUCAAUCUUGCAAAAUCUGCUCAUCAAGUACUUUUGUUGUAUUUUUGAUUUUGCUUCUUAUCCAACUUACUCUUGAUUCGGAAGGUAGUUCCUUCUGGGGGACGCUGAGGCUGUUCAUCAAUCAUCUAUGUGGUGUUGAAUUUGACCCUUCAGGCAAAGAUAUAUAGAAGAAGACAUCUAAUAAUUGAAGGUUGAGUUCUUGUUGCUGCUGCUGCUGCUGCUUUUGCCUCUUGUGGAGACUAUGUUGGAAGGCCGUUCGUGCGUGGUUAGGUUGUUUCCGAGCUCUUGUCAGGCAGAUAACAAGUGGUCUUUCAUGGCAUACCUGCCAGACUUGGACACGAAGAAUGGCAAACGCCCUUCUGAUGAUGCCGAUUGCGAAGAAGAAUCUCAGCCCAGGAAGAUUAACAGGAGAGCUGAAUCUGUCCAUCCAGGGGGGGACACAGUUCGAGUUCUUUCUCAACAACAACGACUGUAUGAUGCUGAUGAUUCUGUGGAGGAGGAUGAGAGGAAGGACCUUGAAGUUAAGAACAAGGAGGAAGAGAAUGAGUCCGGAGAUUCGUCAGAUUGGAGUGAACGGCAGAUGGAGCAGGAAGAGCAUCAAGGUGGGGAUUCAUCAGAUUCGGGUUCUCUUCUGCCGAGAAUGAACCGGGACAGCUCAAUCGCAUGUCUGAGCCGAUGUUCGAGGUCCGAUUAUGGUUCUCUGGCGUCACUGAAUAAGAGCUUUCGGAACACAAUCAGAAGUGGGGAGCUGUACAGGUGGAGGAGACUGAAAGGGAUAGUGGAACACUGGAUUUAUUUUUCCUGUGCCCUUCUGGAAUGGGAGGCCUACGAUCCAAUUCGUGAAAGGUGGAUGCAUCUGCCAAGAAUGGCUUCCAACGAAUGCUUCAUGUGUUCGGACAAGGAGUCUCUGGCCGUAGGUACGGAGCUUAUUGUGUUUGGGAGGGAGCUGAGGUCUCAUGUGAUUUACAGAUACAGUCUUUUGACGAACUCGUGGUCAUCUGGGAUGAGGAUGAACGGUCCAAGGUGUUUGUUUGGAUCUGCGAGCCUCGGGGAGAUUGCUAUUCUGGCGGGUGGGUGUGAUUCGGAGGGUCGGAUUCUUGACUCGGCCGAACUGUACAACUCCGAGAAUCAAAGCUGGGAGGUUCUCCCGAGCAUGAACAAGCCCAGGAAGAUGUGCUCUGGUGUCUUCAUGGAUAGAAAGUUUUAUGUUAUUGGGGGAAUCGGCGGAAAAGAUUGUAAGCUUCUUACAUGUGGUGAGGAAUACAACUUACAAAGUAGAACAUGGACAGAAAUCCCUAACAUGUCCCCCGGACGCAGUGCUACCUCUGACAUGCCUGCAACAGCGGAGGCACCACCUCUGGUUGCGGUUGUAAAUAAUGAACUUUAUGCUGCUGAUUACGCUGACAUGGAGGUGAAAAAAUACGAUAAAGAGAGAAGAUUUUGGCGCAGCAUUGGGAGGCUGCCUGAACGAGUAGUUUCGAUGAAUGGUUGGGGUCUUGCAUUCAGGGCAUGUGGAGAUAAGCUAAUUGUGAUUGGUGGUCCGAGAACUCACGGUGAAGGUUUUAUCGAACUCAAUUCCUGUGUCCCUGGUGAAGGACCUCUACAGUGGAAUCUACUUGCCAGAAAACGCUCUGGCAACUUUGUUUAUAAUUGUGCUGUCAUGGGAUGCUGAACAAUUUCUCAACCCACAUUUUCAUACUUCCUCAACAUUCAUUCUUGCUAAUUGGUACUUUCCCCCCCUUCUUUUUCGAUCAUAAUUUUCUUUCCUCGCUGGGGGAUGACGGGAGGAGAUUCACUUCACACUUCACCAUUGUCUGAAAAGUUUUCCAUCAAGGAGGCUAUUCUCUUCUUUAUUUUUAUCUUCCUUUCAAAUUCCUAUCUCCCCCCAUUUACGUUUACAUGAAAAUUUUCAAAGCUUGCUAUCAUGUAUCACAGGAAUAGGUUAAAUAAUUGAAGUAAGUCUCAACACAAAUGUAGGUUACUGGUGUUGUUUAUUUGAUGUUUUCCUUUUGUAAGAACACACAGCUAGAUAUUUGAUUUUCAUCAUCAUAAUUUUCUUAGCCUCAACGAUGGAAUAAUUCCUCAUACUUGUUUAUUAA